AAACUCACAGAGUCAUUCUUGCUAUUCCAGGUCCUAGUCUACUAGAUAGCAUACUUCUUCGUUUCCUAAUUGGCCAGACUCCACCCAUGGCAACAAAUAUUGUACCGAAAAGAGUCACCAAUUUAUUCUUGGUAUUGGUUCUAGCCACAGUCACAUAUUUAGCCAAAGCUGCAGAACUUAACGAAACCCAGCUAUCCCUGUACUUCCAAGACAUCUCAGCCUUUGGCAACCCCAAUGCCACGGUGAUCCCAGUUGCAGGUAUUGCAGGCAAGGCUUGGACAUUCACUCAAUUUGGCACUGUCUUUGUCACUGAUGACUAUAUCACUGAGACCUCAGAUCCAAAGUCACCUGAAGUUGGGCGUGCUCAAGGCAUGUAUGUGACAGCCGGGUUGGAUGGGUUGAAUUCACAUGUUAUGAUAUCAAUAGUAUUCACAAACAAAGAGUACAACGGAAGCACCAUACAAAUACAAGGUGUUAGCAAGCAAUUUGAGGCUGUUAGAGAGGUUGCAGUGGUGGCCGGAACAGGGAAAUUCAGGUUUGCUCGUGGCUAUGCUACUUUUGAGACAUAUUUCUUGGACAUUCCUGCCCAAUACUCGGUUAUCCGGUGCAACGUCACUGUGCAACAUUACUAGGCCUUUUUUGAUGGUCAUUAAGAAGAAAUUGCCAUGAUAAUAAUUGGGACACAGAGACUCAGUCCUUGCUUUUGCUAGCUUCCUUGAUUUGUAAUUUUAUUGCUAUUUGUUUGUUUCAUAAAGCAUUGACUAUUGAGAAUUGAGGUGCUUAGCCUGA